AUGGAUGUGGACAUUGGAUCAGAUGCAGUCGCCAAAGGUCAAGUCCUCUCGGAGCUCGAGAUCCCAGACAGUCAGGGUGAAGAUACCGACGCCGACGCCGACGAUGAGGUGGAGGACACAGGCGGACAUGCGGACGCGGACAAGAUGGAUUGGGAAGUAGAAGUGAGAGGCCUUCCCCUUCGCUUGCACUCUUCAUAUUGA